AAUAGUUCUGCUGAAAGUAAAUGACUGAUUGUUUGUAUUUGCUUGGCAAAUGAAGUGCUGAACUUUGGAAAACUAAUGGACACCUGCAGAUAUGCAUAUCUUAUGUUUGUUAAUAAAUACUUAUAUAUAUGCCUUUAUUAAUAUUGCAUUUAAGUUCCAUAAACGAAGAUGCAGGAAUAUAUAAAUAAGUAUAUGGCCGUUAUUAAAUGCUGACCCAUAUUCCGUUUAAGCAAAUCCAGUUUUUAUCCAAUUAAAUUUUUAUUAAAAAUCAUUUGGAUUCUUAGCAGAUCUGGUUUUACCAACUGCUCCAUCAGUAAUCAUAAAAAGUCAGGAUAUCCAACCACAAAAAUCAUAUAUAAGAAGUGGCGAGUCUGAGAACCAUAUCAAAGCGAAUCAAAGUCAAGUCUGAUAAAGAACAUUCCUCAAGAAAUUGCAAGACAACAAACCUCAAACAACUUUUCUUUAACCAAAUUUUAAGAGAAAUUCCAAGAAACAUGGCCAACAUGCUGAGUUUUUUUACCUUCAUGGCUAUAAUAGCUAUCGGACUGGCCUUAACCACAACCAUAGCAACUACUAGGGAACCCAUGGUCACUACCACUGAAAAAUCCGUGGAAAGUAACCCUAUGGAACGCCGUGACAAACGUCAGUUGACUUCCAAUGGUGGCCAAACUAGCUUAGCCGGAUCCAGUGGCAACUAUCCCAUUUACUUCGACGGCUUGAAUGUGAAUCCCCCACUGCAGCCACUGCCACCCCUUCAGCAACUCCAACCCCUACAGCCCAUUACUGUGGUGACGCCCGUGGCCUCCAAUUCGAAUGCCCAAAGUCAGCAGCCGCCGUCCGGUUGGUUGCCCAAUUUUGGCCAGAAUCUGCCAAUAAUCGGAACCUGGGUCGGUGGUCUGCCCAAUUUGAUCAGUGGCCUGGGAUUGGGCUCACUAAAUGGUGGAUUCGGUACCCUUGGUGGUCUCAAUCUGGGUAAUCUUGGCCUGGGUGCCGUAACUCCAGUGACAUCAGCUCCCGGGCAACUUACGGGUUCAUCACCGAAUCCUCAGACAACCUGUCCGCUAACCCAAAAGCUGAGCUGCCGCUGUGAGCCACUCAUCCAGUUGCCAGGACUGAAGCCCAGUACCAAUCCACUGAGAACACAGUUGGUUCAAAUCCUGCGACAGAAUGCCCGCAAAAAUGAUGAUGGCUCGAAGGAGGUACGAGUAAUUUUGAGCAAUGGACAUGUGAUGUACCAACGCACCGCCAAGGAUCUUGGCCAGAGUGGCUACUUUGCCAUGAGGAUCCAGUCAGGAAGGUACUUCAACAUAUACUACAACAUCAACGAGAAGGAAUACACCGUAAAGGCGGAUGUCAAGGAUAUGCCACCCACCUCGAAUUUCGAUGACGAACUGAGUGGUCAGCUUUAAACGAGGAGUUUUUCCAAGCGAAAAUUUCUUGGUUUUUACUUUAAGAUUUUUUUUCAUAUAUUUAACAAAUCUUAUUUGGCUUGAAAACUAUAAAAUAUUGAGCUUGAAAUGCUUAAAGACAAUAGAAAAUAUUUAAAACGGGAAAGGAAACUUAAACUUUAUAAAAGUUUCAAUUAUAAUAAAUAUUUGCCAUACAUAAAAGUUAUAAAUAACUAAGUUUACCAAACAU